AUGUUGUUGGUUGAUGGCGCCCUCGCCGUGAGAUCCCGUACAGUCACUCCUUCUUUCCCCGCGAGCCCUAGCUCGACACCGGUCCAUCUGCAUCACCACGACCCUCAUCAUCGCCAUCACUGGACGUAUAAGCCCGUCCCGUGGCAUAAGCAUACUCGGUCAUGCAAGCCAAUCCCGCAGUCCACCCCCGUGGUUUCCGUCUCGGUGACUAUGCACUCGAGUACGCCCGUGCCUCAUGGAUCAACCGCUAUUGUUACGACUCCGACUCAGUCCAGCGGUGCAGUGUCUCAAGUGACAUCUCUUGCCCCUGUAACCUCUCAACCGGCUCAGUCCAGCGAUUCCGUCCCACAAACUACGUCGACCGUCUUCACGACUCGUACCUCCACUAUCACUGCCUGUCCCACAACUGUGCACAACUGUCCUGCUUCGCAAAAGACCACUUACAUCACUACCGAGACCCUAGUAGUAACCACCACGGUCUGCCCAGUAACCGCAGGAAGCGUGCCCACCGGCCAGGCAACCAAGCCUGACAAUGGUCCGUCGGUCAUCACCUCCACUGUUCUCAGCACUCGCAUCUCCACUGCCACCGCUUUCCCAGGCACUUACGUUACCACUGAGACUCUGGUUGUUGGUACCUCUGUAUACACCGUCUAUCCAGUUCCUACAACUGGUUCUAGCUCUGGAUCUUCCGGCUCUGGCUCAUCUGCUUCAGGCUCGCCGGGCUCUGACUCAUCUGGCUCAUCUGGCUCCGGUCCCUCUCACGGGAGCGCUACCAACAGUGCCCAGACUGGCACCAACCAUGGUGUUAGCCCGGUCAGUGCUACCUCGGUCGCUGGUCAGCCAUGCCAUGGCAGCAGCUGCAUGGGAUUCACAGGAUCAUCCACUCCCGUGCCUUCAUCCAUCAUGACCACCCUCCGCGGUCAGUCAGCUACCUCCAUCCCCUAUGUCAACACAGCAACCACCACGGCAACAAGCUCUUCCACUGGAAGCACUGGUAACGCCCAGUUCAACGCUGCUUCGCCUUCAAUGGGUCCAUCCUUGUUCCAGUUGAUGAGCUUGGUGAUGGCAGCUUUCGUUGCGCUCGUUGUCUAG